AUGACCACCAAAAGAAUGUGUAAGUUACUUCUCGAAGGUGAUAGUUAUUUUAAUGAUGAAAAUGUCGAUACGGAGGAAAUUAACAAAAACACAAAAAUCAAAGGAUAUUGUAGUAGCAAUGGUUGUGAAACAAAUGAAGCUCGUAUUAAUGCUGUGGCCAAAUAUAUAAUUAUGGAAUUCAAAAGUUUAAUAAAAAGACGAAGUCAGUAUAAUCAUUAUGAUGAAUAUUUAUUGAUGUGGAUAAGUGAUAAAUUGCUUAAGAUACACAAAAAAGGAAAAGGCCAAAAUAUUAAAAUGGGGUAUAUAGAUGCUUUUACUUUAAAGCAGGCUUAUAAAGAGUAUUUAGAGAAACAUAAAAAAGGAUUGGAUUAUUGGGUUCUUUUUGAUAAUAUAAAGGGUUUGAAAGAAGCUAAUCUUUGGUAUAUGAGCGAAUUUUAUAAAUUACUUAAUAAAAUAUGUAAUACAAUUGCAUAUUAUGAAAAAAACAAUGCCGAAAGUAAGAAACUUUCUAAAUAUUUUAACAAAUGCCUUAUUCAAUAUAGAACCCUUCAUUUAAACAUUUCUAAAUGCAAAUCAUAUCUUGAUUUAUUGAAUAAAUUAAAAGGUAUAUAUGAUGAUUUUAGAGAUUCUCCUAUUAAGAAAAAUAGUUCAAACAUUAAUUUAGCAACUAAUCUUAAAAAACUUACACCAAAAGAUGGAAAAGAGAUGAAGGCGGUGAAAGGUUUUAAAACAUAUAACUUCAGUAAUGAAGAAUGUAAACUCCCCUCAAAAAAACCUACACCCCGCAAAGCUUCAAAACUUAAUCCAGGACCAGCAUCGAAUACAAAGAUUCAAAGAGAAUCACCAGACUCUCAAGGUGUAUCAAAUUCUACAGGAGGUCAAUUAUCAAAUCAAGGGGAUACAUCAAAAGGUUCAGAUAAUGGAUCGAUUGGUGGAUCAGAUGGUAGCCAAGUAAUCCAAGAAGAAUCGGAAGGCUCGAAAAGUGGACAAGACGUCAAAGAUAGUGAACCAGGAGGUUCAGGCAGUGAAGCGCAAGGUUCAGAUGGUGAGAAAACAGAUACAGACAAUGAUCCAUCAAAUAAAGGUGGCCCACAAGGUGAUCAAGGAGAUUCACUUGAUGGACCAGGUAGUGGGCCAGGUGAUAAAGGAAGUCAAGGAGGUUCAGAUAUUGGUCCAGGAGCAUCAGGAAGUCAAAGCACAUCAUGGCUAUCUUUUGAUAUUGGAUCAUCAUUUUUUGAAAUCGUAUCAAAAGGUAUGAAACAAUUAAAUAAUGCUCUCGAUUUUGUUGAGGAAAAAAAGGAACAACUUACAAAGGUCACGAAUACUAUUAAGGAUUUUUAUAGUACAUCUGUGUCUAAUAUAAAAACUGCUUAUGAUAACUCUAGAAAUUUUUUAAAUAGCAUUAUUGUUCAUAUAAGUAGUCAACCUGAAAAGUUAGAUAUCUCUGAUAAAUCAGGCGAUGAUAAAUUAGGAUCAGAUGGCACAGGGGAUGGGUUACCCACACCUAAUGGCUCAUCACCGUCUCAAACAGAUUCACCUCAAACUCCAUCAGGAACGCCAUACAGUUCAUUACCGUCAGAAAAUCCAGGAACCGAAACAAAAGGAAAUGGAAUAACAAAAAUAGGUGAUAUAUAUGUAUUAAAAGAAUACAAACAAAUUGGAAUAUCAAUUAUAGUUCUUUUAAUACCGAUUACCUUAGCUAUUAUGCACAAGUAUUUGUUAUCUGGAUGGAGAAAGGAAAUGAAGAGAAAAAAAGACAUGAAAAAGAUUAUAAAUUCAAUUGGAGGAAAAAGAACGGUACAAAUAAUUAUAAGUUCAUCAAGUCAUAAAAAACAGAUUAAAAAAUCUAUAAGUUUUGGUUAUAAGGAAAAAUCUCCAUCAUUAAAUAUAUACAAACUUAUGCAGGCUGAUCCUGUGCCGUUUAUUAAUUUAUUUUUUUUAUUGAUUUUUUUUGUUUAUAAAAGAAAAGACGAUUCUUUGGAAUUAUAA